AUGGACACUACCAAUGCCUUCGUCGUCUCCUUGAUCAGUGGCGGGGCUGCAGGUACGGCCACCGACUUGGCGUUCUUCCCCAUCGACACGCUGAAAACACGGCUGCAGGCAAAAGGUGGGUUUUUCCACAACGGAGGGUUCCGGGGGCUGUACAAAGGGCUAGGAAGCGCUGUCGUGGCUUCUGCGCCGUCCGCAUCCUUGUUCUUCAUGACGUACGACACGUUCAAGAGACAGUUCAAGUCAACGUUGCCGACACUGUUCCCCUCGUUAUCGGUAUCAACGACGACGCAUCUGUCCCACAUGCUCGCUGCGUCGAUGGGUGAGGUGGCAGCAUGCAUGGUGCGUGUGCCGGCCGAAGUCAUCAAGCAGCGGACACAAUCGUUGCAGUUCAAGACGUCGCUCGAGUCCUUCAAAUACAUUCUUUCCAACAAAUCGGGCGAAGGUGUGUGGAAAGGCCUCUACCGUGGAUGGUCGACGACCAUCAUGCGUGAGAUCCCCUUCACUAUCAUUCAAUUCCCGCUAUACGAGCACAUGAAGCAGCUUUGGGCGUCGUACGAGAAGGUCGAGAAGGUCUCGCCACUGAAAGGUGCUCUUUGCGGCUCCAUUGCCGGUGGGUUUGCUGCUGCAAUGACCACUCCGUUGGACGUCUUGAAGACCCGGCUGAUGUUGAGCAAGGAGAGAAUCAGCGUGGUGACUUUGGCGAAAAACCUUGUCAGGGAGGAAGGCUACUCUGUGUUUUUCAGUGGCAUAGGCCCGAGAACCAUGUGGAUAAGCGCCGGCGGUGCAAUCUUCUUGGGUGUUUACGAAACUGUAAGCUCUUUCUUAGUUUCCCGUGAUUCAGAAAUUUGA